CCUUACUCAGGGCGUGCAUUGCUGAGUUAUCCACAGCUACUUCGGCUUUAACUUAGCGAGUCAAAUCAAUACCUCAUCAUUCUUUCGCAUCCCUCUACAUGCGACGCUGCGCUUGUCAGCGGCUGUUUUCCAGAUCAGUCUUUCCCUCUCCGACACAAAGAGGGGUGCAGCCAGCCGUCUGUCCCAGCCCCAAUCCUCAUCAGCUACGACCUGGGCCAUCAUCAUACUCUCCGUCAGACCCUUCAAGUCGGCGCAGAAACUUCCACAGUACUCGGCCGCGUGCGCAACCCCUCCAAGCCUCUUCAUCCGCCUACGUUCUUGUCCUGGGCAUCGCAUGUGGAAGUGCCCUACUCUUUGAGUACAUCGUGCGCAACAACUUCCGAGGGGCACGCGACAACGACGGGACCGAUACCGAGCAUCGCGUCUCACACAAACCAGCACAACACACCUACGACUACUUCUAUACAGACAUGCCCAUCCCACCGGGCCACUUGGGCAAUCUGACGCCUGACCAAGAAGCCAAGCUGCAAGACCUCUGGACUGCCACGUUAAGAGUAUUCGGAGUUGAAGAACCCCACCACGUCAGCGGCACAGACACACCUUUAGCCGAGGAGGAGUCAACCGUGGCUGAAGUCGAUGGUAAAGACAAGAAGAAAAGCAAGAGGCGACUGGGUGUCUUUAAGCGGCACGACAAGAAGGAUUCGAGUAAUGGCUCAGCAACCCCGACCAAAGACCCCAGCCGUCAUGCUGAUUCCGACGACAAGUAUGGCCAGGUGAAGGACUUCCACGAGAUUCUGGCCACACAGGACCCCGAGUUGUUGCGCGCCACUUUUUGGAGUAUGGUGAAAGCAGACCAUCCUGAUGCACUCUUGCUACGGUUCCUCCGAGCACGAAAAUGGGAUGUCGACAAGGCCUUGGUCAUGCUGAUCUCCACGAUGCGUUGGCGAAGUCAAGAACAGCACGUGGACGAUGAUGUGGUCUUGAGAGGAGAAGGUGGCGCCCUGGAAGACUCCAAAUCCAGCGACCCAGCCGUCAAAAGGGAAGGUGAUGAUUUUCUUGCUCAACUAAGAUUAGGGAAGAGCUUCCUGCACGGCACCGAUAAAGAGGGAAGGCCGUUAUGUUUUGUUCGGGUCAGGUUGCAUAGAGGCGGAGAACAAACCGAAAGAGCUUUAGAACGAUAUACGGUUUAUGUGAUUGAAACUGCUAGACUUGCUUUGAGACCACCUGUGGAAACCGCUUGUAUAAUAUUCGACAUGAGCCAUUUCACCAUGGCCAAUAUGGACUAUACCCCUGUCAAGUUCAUGAUCAAGAUUUUCGAGGCCAAUUAUCCAGAAUCGCUUGGUGCGGUCCUUGUACACAAAGCUCCCUGGAUCUUCCAAGGCAUUUGGAAGAUUAUUCGAGGAUGGCUUGAUCCUGUGGUAGCAGGAAAAGUCCAUUUCACAUCUGACGUUACCGAUUUGGAGAAGUUCAUCCCGAAAUCGCAAAUUAUAAAAGAGCUGGACGGCGAUGAGGACUGGGAGUACAAGUACGUCGAACCAGUUCCCGGCGAAAAUGACGCAAUGAAAGAGGAAGGGCCACGGAAAGAGUUGGAGGCGGCAAGGGAUGUAGAAGUUCGAGAGUAUGAGAAGAAAACUUUCGAGUGGCUUGCCACAGGUACGGGUGCGGAGGCAGACAAGAUCAAAGAGGACAGGAAUUCGCGUGCCAGGCAAUUGAACGAAAACUACUGGAAGCUCGACAAGUAUGUCCGAGCAAGGACAUAUUAUGAUCGUACAGGCAUGAUUUUACCAGAUGGCAAGAUCAAUUUCUACCCGCCACCGCCUGGCAAAGCAGAGACCCACAAUUUGGCGCCAACGUCGAACGCGCCCAAUGUCGAAACCAGUGCAGAUGAUCUAGAUUGAAGACCGCUCUCGACGAAGCAGCCGUUGUAUUCGGUUAGCGGUCUCCAUGCAAACAGUGGACGGGCAGAUUCGCAUGAAGUAGCACGUCUUUGAAUCCAAUGCAUUACUUCCGCAUGCUUGAUGCAUGUAAGUUUGCAAUUUAACCUCAGCCCAUCA